AUGAGCAAAGAAACCGACGUUGAAUCGCCCGCUGACCCCAUGACUUUUAUCCCUCCAAGUAUUGACAGAGCCCGUCUGCUCACGGGAGAUUCCUAUGCCUACUAUACACCCUGCCCAGCCAAAAUCACACCCUUCGACAAGACCUCAACGACACCGCAGACAACAGAGGCGACGCCAUGCGUGCUAGGCGUUGAUGAGGCUGGUCGUGGUCCUGUUCUGGGCCCAAUGGUCUACGGCGCAUUCUAUCUCCCCCUCCACAGGCAUCACUCUCUUCUGGCGCACGACUACAAAUUCGACGACAGCAAAGUGUUGACUCCUGCGGUACGCGCCAAUUUGAUGUGCUUGAUCAACACACCGGGCGAGGAUCUAUAUGAGUCCUGUGGUUACGCGGUCAAGGUGCUUUCGGCGCGUGAUAUUGGUUCGGGAAUGAUGAAGCCGGGCGCUGCGAUGUACAACUUGAACGCGCAAGCCAUGGACGCCACAAUUGAGAUUAUCCGAGGAGUCUUGCAAGAUCGUGCUAUCAAUGUGCAAGAGAUCUACAUUGACACCAUUGGUAACCCGGCCACUUACCAAGCAAAACUCGAGCGCAUAUUCCCAUCCAUCAAAAUCACCGUGGCUAAAAAGGCAGACUCUCUAUAUCCGUGCGUCAGCGCGGCAAGUGUGGCCGCAAAGGUGACCAGGGAUGUGGCUUUGGAGGUCUUGUACGAGAAUGUACUCAAGGCGCAGCAGCUUGACGACGGCUCGACGGCCCCCGAGGGCUGGGGCAGUGGCUAUCCUUCAGACUCAAAGUGUGUCGGCUGGCUUCGACACAAUAUGGACCCUGUCUUUGGCUGGGGUAGUGAAUGCCGAUUCAGCUGGGGCACUGCAAAGGAGAUGUUGGAGCAGAAAGGAGGCGUGCGUGUCGAUUGGCCAGCGGACGAAGAUGAAGGUAGCAACAUGCUCAGCGACUUUCUGCUGACCUCUGGACCUGGCAAGGCUACGAGCAAAGACGGAUUGAGAGAAUGGUUUGGUCAACGCCCAACAGAAAUCAUCUGA